AUGGCGCCCCCAAAGUACGCCGGCAUGUCUGGCCGGAAACUAUCCCUGUUUCUAUCAGGCAUUGCUACGAUGGGUUUCCUGCUCUUCGGUUACGAUCAGGGUGUAAUGUCUGGUAUUAUCUCGGACCCCGCGUUCAAUAAUGUCUUCACGGCUACGAAGGACGACAAUGUCAUGCAGGCCACUGUCACUGCUGUCUACGAAGUUGGCUGCCUCUUCGGUGCUAUCUUCGCUUUGAUUUUCGGUGAAACAUUGGGUCGCCGUCUUAUGGUCAUCUCAGGCGCUUGGGUGAUGAUCAUCGGUGUCAUCAUCCAGGUUACCGCCAUGCCAGGCCAUAUUCCUCUGCUACAGUUCAUCUUCGGUCGUGUUAUCACUGGUAUCGGCAACGGCAUGAACACCUCGACUAUUCCCACUUAUCAAGCCGAGUGUUCUAAGACGACCAACCGUGGUCUCUUGAUCUGUAUUGAGGGUGGUAUUAUCGCCAUUGGAACAGCGAUCGCUUAUUGGAUUGACUUCGGUGCCCACUACGGCCCGCCUGAUCUUGUCUGGCGCUUCCCCAUCGCAUUCCAGAUCUUCUUCGGUAUCUUGAUCAUUGUCGGCAUGACGUAUCUUCCAGACUCUCCUCGAUACUUGAUCGCCCACGGCAAGAUUGAGGAAGGCACCCGGGUUCUUGCUGCGCUGGCAGAUGCAGAAAUUGAUGACCCUCAUGUUCAGUUGGAGAAGCAGCUGACGCUCGACUCGAUCAGAGCGUCCGGUUCCUCCAAGGCUAAGUUCCGUGAUCUGCUCACCGGUGGUCCUUCCCAGCAUUUCCGCCGGAUGAUUGUAGGAUCAUCUUCCCAGUUCUUCCAACAGAUCUCUGGAUGCAAUGCUGUCAUCUACUAUCUUCCUGUGCUGCUGGAACAGUCUAUUGGACAAUCACACAACUUUGCCCUUUUGAUUGGCGGUGUGAACAUGAUCUGUUACGCUAUCUUUGCCACCUUCUCUUGGUUCUUCAUUGAGAAGAUUGGUCGGCGUAAGCUGUUCCUCGGUGGCAGCUAUGGUCAAUGUGCUGCUAUGAUUAUUGUUUUCGGAUGCUUGAUUCCGGGUGACUCCGAGAGCGCUAAGGGAGCUGUCUUUGGCUUCUUCCUUUACAUGUGCGUCUUCGGUGCCACCUGGCUUCCCCUGCCUUGGCUCUACCCGGCCGAGAUCUCUCCUCUCAAGACCAGAUCCAAAGCGAAUGCCGUGUCUACUUGCAGCAACUGGCUAUUCAACUUCACUGUUGUCAUGAUCACUCCUGUCAUGGUUCAACACAUUGGUUGGGGUACCUACCUCUUCUUCGCCGCUUGGAACGGUCUCUUCAUCCCCGUCAUUUGGUUCUUCUACCCGGAAACUGCCGGUCGCAGUCUGGAAGAGAUCGAUUUGAUCUUCGCCAAGGGUUACGUUGAGAACAUGAGCUACGUCCGGGCGUCGAAGGAACUGCCCAAGCUCACCGACGAGGAGAUCGAGGCCAAGGCCGCUGAGUACGGAAUUCUUGGCGACGAGGAGAAGGCUGAGGAGAGAAUCGCCGAGAAGGAUCCUCCCGCGUCUGCUGAGUUCUCUCAGUUCCAGCCUACCCAGCUGUAA